AUGUCAACCAGUACCAAUAGUGCUAAUAAUGAAGUGAUCGAUCGGAUUGCUGAAAAUUUUCCGCUUACUUUUCCUAUACCGUCACCUUCAACACAUGAGGACCUAAUUCCCUUUGAUGACUUGGUAUUUGAGCAAGAACUACUCCGAAACCCGGAUAACAUACGGACAUGGAUGGAUUAUAUAUCUCACGUGGAAGAGACAAACUACCGUAAAAGGCCCAUACCAGACCCAGAAAUGUCAUCAGACGGCGUAAAGUUGCUUGGAUUCUUAAGUGAUAAGGCGCUUCGCUUAGCUUUGCAAAGGACUGUUGGUUUAUACGAACGCGCAUUAUCUGUAUUCCCCACAUCAUAUAAACUAUGGCGGCGAUACUUGAGCGCACGCGCUUUUUUCGUGCUUGGUGAACCACAUGAUGGAUCAGCUGGGCGCCGCCAACGCCUGUUACAGACCACAAACCCAUCGUUGGAAAUGGGUCCUGCUUUGCUUGACAUGCGGCGUGAAGAGGAAUUACAGGAAUAUUGGCAUUUUGCGCUGGACGGAACACUUGGAUGGAAAGAAUGGCGUAGUCUCGCUGCUGCAUAUGAACGCGCGUUACAAUGGCUUCCUAACAUGCCCCGCAUCUGGCUCGAUUAUCUGACACUCUUUGUACACCCUGCAUGUUCUCCCAUUUUGUCAAAAACGCAUGCUCGACGCACUUUCGACCGAGCACUGCGUACAUUGCCGGGCUCUUUGCACCUCCGUGUCUGGAAGCUUUAUCUUCGAUGGGCUGAACUCUGCUGUGGUGAGACGGCUCGAGCAGUAUGGCGUCGUUAUUUGAGCGUUGAUCCAAGUCUGUCAGAACAAUACUGUACCAUGUUACUUGAAAUGCCAGACGAACCUUGCUACUCCGAUGGAUCGAAAAAUGCCUUGCAAUCUUCUUCGAAAAGUGAUGACGAGGACGAGGACGAUGAUACGUUGAGUCCUGCCAAAAAAAGUCGAGUUCUUGAAGCAGCAAAACUGAUGCUGAUUCUAGCAAGAAAGGCUUGGCAUGGUGAAUAUACGAGCCCGAAUGGAAAGAGCUCUUAUCAUCUCAUACUUGACUGGCUUGAGUUGGUUGAGCGGUUUCCGGAGGCGAUUGGUUUGUCUUUACAAGAGGAAAAGGCGCUACCUCGCUACGAUUCGGAAGAAGCUGUUACUAAGUAUGAUAUCAAUGUGCUUGAUUCUUCCCGCUUGCCCAUCCGUCAAAUUGUAGAAUGUGACGGGCUCGCUCGGUUUCCUGACCAAGCAGGACGACUGUGGGCGGGUUUGGCCACGUACUACAUCAAAAGAGGAGAUUUGGACACAGCCUGGAAUAUCUUUGAAGAGGGCAUGAAAAAGGUGUUGACUGUGCGUGACUUUACGCAGAUAUUUGAUGCAUACGCUGAAUCAAGCGAGAAUGUAAUUAGCUUUAUGAUGGAGGACCUGGAAGAUGACGAAGAGGAUGAAAAUGCGCCGCCGAAAGAAGAUCAAGAAGCCGAAAUCGAUCAGCGCAUGUUAGAAUUUGAGAAACUAAUGGAGCGUCGGCCCUUUUUGGUCAAUGAUGUUAUGCUUCGCAGAAAUCAGGAUGAUGUACAAGAAUGGGAAAAACGUGUGGUAUUGUGGGGUGAAAAUGAUGAAGAAAUUAUUGCGACCUACAAAAAGGCACUGGAGAUUAUCAACCCUCGUAAAGCUACAGCCAAUUUACAUCGGCUUUAUAUCCAUUUUGCUGAAUUUUAUGAGGACGGAGGAAGCCAGGGUCGUAAACAGCCUGGAUCUAUGGAACGAGAUGUCACGUCUGCUCGACAGAUAUUUGAACGCGCCAUUAAAGUUCCUUACAAGCGUGUAGAUGAUCUCGCUGAAGUAUGGUGCUCAUGGGCAGAAAUGGAACUCCGUAAUGGCAAUUAUAAUGAAGCACUGCGAGUUAUGGCACGGGCUACAAGCUCGCCAAGCAGUCAGAGUAAAAUUCAAAACGUCUCAUAUUAUGACGACUCUCUCUCGCCACAGACGAGAUUGUUCAAGAGCCUGAAACUCUGGUCAUUUUACACUGAUUUGGAAGAGGCUAUAGGCACGCUUGAAAGUGCCAAACAUGCGUUUGAUCGGAUUCUCGAACUCAAGAUUGCUAAUGCUCAGACCAUCAUUAAUUUUGCUCAGUUUCUCGAAGAGCAGCACUAUUAUGAGGAUGCUUUUAGGGUUUAUGAACGUGGCGUAGAACUGUUCACUUACCCAGUCGCAUUUGAAUUGUGGAAUGUGUAUUUGAGCAAGUUCGUUGCACGCUAUGGUGGAAGCAAGCUCGAACGCGCCCGCGAUAUGUUUGAGCAGGCUUUGGACAAAUGUCCAGCUAACCUUUGUAAGCCAUUAUACCUCAAGUAUGGCGAGCUUGAAGAAAAGUAUGGACUCGUGCGAAAGGCCAUGAGUAUUUAUGAGCGUGCCGCGCAUUCUGUUUCUGAAAAAGAUCGGUACGAAAUGUUCUUGUACUACAUUGCGAAAGCAGCAGCAAACUAUGGCUUGGUGGCUUCGCGACCUAUCUACGAAGCUGCCAUUGAGAUAUUGCCAGACCGCGAUGCAGUUUCGAUGUGCUUGCGUUUUGCUGUCCUCGAAAGUAAACUGGGUGAAAUGGAUAGGGCCAGGGCUAUUUACGCGCAUGCAUCGCAAUUUUGUAACCCCAAGACACAAACGGAGUUCUGGAAGGUAUGGAACAACUUUGAGAUUCAAAAUGGCACAGAAGAUACAUUCCGUGAAAUGCUCCGCAUUAAGCGCUCAGUACAAGCUCAGUAUAACACCGAUAUGGCUAAUGUUGCGUCAUCUGUGAUGGCAUCUGCUCUAUCAAGCGCUAAUGCAGCGCCUGAUGAUGCCGCAAGUAAGGUUACACCUUCUGAUCCGAUGGCCAUGGUUGAAGCACGGAACGCCAGUGCCAAAGCAGCAAGACCUUCUGCACCUGCCUUUGUCGCCGCAUCAAAUCUAUCACGACCCUCAACUGAAACUCAGAACAAUACUGAGGAAGUGGGAGGUGACGAUGAUGACGAGCUUCUGUAG